AUGCCUCCUCUACGCAAACGCGCGGCGCCCGACCCCUCCGACUCAGACUCUUCCCAAACCCAAAACCCUCGUCGCCAGCGCCCACGUCAAUCAAACUCAGCCGAAAUGUCAGAUAACGAUGGCAACGGUGAAGGAACUAGCGCCCCAUCUUCUCUCGACGCGAUGGUCAAGAAGAUGGUGCGCAUGGCUAUGGCUUGUGAAUACGCGCGCUUACCGAUUCGACGAACGGAUAUUAGUGCCAAAGUUCUAGGCGAGCAAGGUUCCAGACAAUUUAAGACGGUUUUCGAACAGGCGCAGAGGGAGCUGAGGGGAAAGUUCGGAAUGGAAAUGACUGAGCUACCGGCGAAGGAGAAAACUACUCUUACUCAACGAAGAGCUGCCCAGAGAGCCGAGAAGCCAUCUUCCUCGAAUAAAUCGUGGGUUUUGACUACGACACUCCCACCGAAAUAUCGUGUUCCUUCAAUCCUCACGCCCACUAAAGCUCCCUCCACGUACCUUGAGAGUACUUACACGGCGAUCUACACUUUUAUCAUAUCAGUCAUUUCAUUAAACGGCGGUACACUACCAGAACAAAAGCUGGAACGAUACCUUGGUCGCGUAAACGCAGACCAACAAACCCCUCUUGAAAAGACCGAUAAAUUGAUCCAACGACUAUGCAAGGACGGGUAUAUCGUUCGAACGAAAGAGGUAGAUGGUGGUGAGGAAAUCAUCGAGUUCAUGGUUGGGCCUCGUGGAAAGAUCGAGGUUGGAUCUGGAGGUGUAGCAGCUUUGGCCAGAGAGGUUUAUGGAUACGGACCUGGGUCUGACCAGACUCGUGGACGGAAUGCGGAUGGGGAUGAUGAUUCCGGCGAGGCAGAGACCUUCAACCAGAUGCAGCGGGAGGAUCGCCAGCAAUUCGAGGUGCGCUUGAAGAGGACACUGGGCUUACCGGAGUUGAGAGCAGCGACGGAGCAAAAUUAUGGAGAUCAAGCGGGUGAUGAAUCGCGUCGGUCGUCCAGGAGAGCAGCUGCCGAGAAGUCUGAGGACGAAAGUGACUAG